AUGGUCAAGAACAUAUUUGCCAGGCCGAAAGAUGACUCGGCCAAUCCAGCGCCUCCAGAAGUUUACAACUGGAGGAUCUAUGCUCUCGCCGCUUCCGCAGCGCUGGGAUCUUCUAUGUUUGGCUACGACUCAGCUUUCAUAGGAGGUACUCUGUCACUCCCAUCUUUCCAAGAGCGCUUCAAUCUGGCCUCUGAGACCGGCACUGCACUGGCUUCACUGAAGGCAAACAUUGUCAGCACGUUCCAGGGCGGCUGCUUCUUUGGUGUGUUGCUUUGUUAUUACAUGACCGAGAAGCUUGGCCGUCGCUGGGUUCUUAUUCUAUGUGGUAUCGUCUUCAACCUCGGUGCUAUCAUCCAACUUGUUGCUGAUGGCAAACUGUCCUUCAUCUAUGCCGGUCGUGUCCUUACUGGCCUCGCCGUCGGUGCAUCAUCCAUGAUCAUUCCUGUCUACAUUUCCGAAUCCGGUCCACCUGCUAUUAGAGGACGUCUUAUUGGCAUAUUCGAAAUCUUCCUACAAUUCUCGCAGAUCAUAGGUUUCUGGGUUAAUUACGGUGUCAACAUCCACAUUUCUCCCACAUCCGAUUCACAAUGGCAUAUUCCAUUUGGACUGCAGCUUGCUCCUGGAACGUUACUUGUUAUCUGCAUGUUCUUCCAGCCCGAGUCCCCCCGUUGGUUGCUGAACGCUGGACGAACUGACCAGGCUCGCAAGGUACUGCAGCGUCUUCGACAACUACCCGCUGACCACGCUUACCUCAACUGGGAGAUCGACACUGUUCUGAACCAGAUAGAAGAAGACAGAGCUAUGGGGGCUGAUAGAAGCUUCUUUGCCAAACUACGUGAGGUGGUGGGGCCUACCAACAGACCUCGUCUCCUUCUCGGUGUCGCUCUCAUGUUCAUCCAGAAUAUGUCAGGUAUCAAUGCGCUCAACUAUUAUUCUCCCUCUAUUUUCAAGUCUAUCGGUUUCACUGGAACAAGUGUUGGACUCCUCGCAACUGGUAUUUUUGGCAUUGUCAAGGCGAGCGCCACAGGACUUUACAUGAUCUGGGGUGUUGACGCUCUUGGUCGUCGCCAGUCAUUGAUGAUUGGAUCGACCGGGGCAGCGAUCGCUCUCUUCUAUCUAGGGAUCUAUUCUAAGCUUUCGGGAUCUUUUGAUGCUGGAAUGGUCCCUGCAGAAAAGACCCCUGGCACUUACGUGGCUAUUAUCAUGAUUUAUAUCUUCGCUGUCUUUUAUGCAAUUUCAUGGAACGGAAUACCUUGGAUCUUUUGUGCUGAAAUCUUCCCCAUGGCUAUUCGUUCUAUCUGUCUAGUCUUUACAACUUGUGCCCAGUGGCUUGGUCAAUUCAUCAUUGUGUACUCUACUCCUUACAUGAUGACGGACAUCACAUACGGAACAUUUCUUCUAUUCGCAUGUUCUGUCGUCUUUGGUCUAUUCUUUGCCUUCUUCCUCAUUCCAGAGACAAAGGGUAUCUCUCUCGAGGACAUGGAUAUACUAUUCAGUCGCAAGGGUAUGCCCCGUACAUGGCGUUGUCAAACAAAUGAUGUUAUUGCGGAACGACGGGCUACAGAGGAAGUCUAUGGCAAGCAGGGUGAGAGUGUUGUGCACGAGGAGAAGGCGUAA